GGCGCGGCCCUGGCGACACGUCCCGGCACCGCCCGCCGCCGGGCCGCCGCCGCCAUUUUGUGCGAGUCCGCGGCCGGGGCCGAGAGGGUUUGGGAGCCGCGGGGAGGGAGCCGGGCCCUUUCCCUGCGCCGCCAUGCCUUCCUCGCCGCUCCGCGUGGCCGUGGUCUGCUCCAGCAACCAGAACCGCAGCAUGGAGGCGCACAACAUCCUCAGCAAACGAGGAUUCAGCGUCCGAUCCUUUGGGACAGGGACUCAUGUGAAACUGCCGGGACCAGCACCGGACAAGCCGAAUGUUUAUGAUUUCAAAACAACAUAUGAUCAGAUGUACAAUGAUCUGCUUAGGAAAGACAAAGAACUGUAUCCCUGUGGCAUGGCCUCUUUUAAAAAUCCAAUAUGGUUCAUCCUUGAAAGGUGUAAUUCAUUAUUUGGCAUCAUGCAUUAGGAAUAUAUAGUUGCUUGACAGGUGAUCUUUAAAUGUUUUAGGUUUACAGGAGGUUUUUUUUUUUACAAUGGGCCUCUAAAUUGUAAAUUGCUAUCGAGUUACAAUGCACGCAUUCAAAAUGCUCUUAUGUAGUGUGUAACAUGUUUAGCUCUUGAGUGAAAGCACAGUAAUACUGACACAGGUUGUCCGUUACCCCCGCUGCACUGUGGAUCAUAGUUUCUCAGUGCAAAGAACUGUCCUGAUAACGGAUACGUGAAGAGCGACCACCUCGACAUUAAUGUUGUAUUUAGCUCAGACAAAGUGCCAGGUAAGGUUUACAGUAUACUUUCUCUGGGAGAGAGGAUACCUUGCAUUGAAGAGCUCACCCUUCUCACUUAGAAUUUCUUAAUACAUAAUUUGAUCUGUGCACCAAGAAAAAAAAAUAAUCCUAUAGCAUAUUAUAGCUCAUAGAACUGUAGAGUCAUUUAAGUUGGAAAAGACCUUUGAGA